UCGUCACACGAGUUCGUUCAUGUGGCUCCGCUGCUAAAGUCUGCCUUAGUUUUUACUGUAAAAUCUGGUUUUAAAUACGCUUUUUCGGUAUGGAUGCUGAUAAAACUGUAGCACCGGAGGCUGGAGAGGCCACGGAGAGCAACAAUGACACAGAGUCUUUCGUAAAAGUGAAGUCUAAGAGGAGUCAGAAGCGAAAGCGUGAGCAGGACGGGGUGGACAUGGAGACGGGCGAGCCCGCGGCGCACAAACGGCCAGAGUUUCCUCCCAUUUCAGGCGACAAACUGCGGGGACCAGAUGAGAUGCGGAAAAUUGCUGUUCCUGCUCACAGAUACACCCCACUUAAGGAAAACUGGAUGAAGAUUUUCACUCUCAUUGUAGAGAAUCUACAGCUUCAAGUCAGAUUCAACCUCAAAACCAGGAAUGUCGAAAUCAAAACAUGCAAAGAAACACAGGACAUCAGUUCACUCACAAAAGCAACAGAUUUUGUUCGAGCUUUUGUUCUUGGAUUCGCGGUUGAAGAUGCCAUGGCUCUCAUCAGAUUAGAUGAGCUUUUCCUUGAAAGCUUUGAUGUCACAGAUGUGAAACCUCUCAAGGGAGACCACUUAUCCAGAGCUAUCGGAAGAAUAGCAGGGAAGGGAGGAAAAACCAAAUUCACUAUUGAAAAUGUGACAAAGACUCGCAUUGUGCUUGCAGACACAAAAGUCCACCUAUUAGGUUCUUUCCAGAAUAUCAAGAUGGCCCGGACGGCGAUAUGUAACUUAAUCUUAGGAAGUCCACCUUCAAAGGUCUACGGCAACAUCAGAGUGGUGGCCAGUCGGACCGCAGAGAGAUUCUGAUGUCUCAUUGGCUGAGAUGUUCAUUUCUCCUCCGUGGCUGGCGAGGAGACAAGACUGCUGGGCUUUGAACAGACAGCUCACAUCUCCUAAGCUGAUGUCAAACAUGAGGAAUAAAGUUAUAAUGCAUGAAAUAAUCUGGGUGACUGAAACAAUGAAUUUUUGUAAAUAAAUAUUAAAAAAAUUUGAUUUGUGUGCAAUAAAUGCAGUAUUGCAGUA